GGCAUAUCUUUCGUUCACGACGAGUUUCUCGUUCACUUUGUUCAAGUCUGUUGGCGGAUCAGCAUAGACUUCAGUGAUUUCUCGAUUCAGUUUAUUUGAAAACUCAUAAAAAAGGAAAAUGGGUAAGGAGAAGGUUCAUAUUAAUAUCGUCGUUAUUGGACACGUCGAUUCUGGAAAGUCGACCACCACCGGUCACUUGAUCUACAAAUGUGGUGGUAUUGACAAGCGUACAAUUGAGAAGUUCGAGAAGGAAGCUCAGGAAAUGGGCAAGGGUUCCUUCAAGUACGCCUGGGUUUUGGAUAAAUUGAAGGCCGAACGUGAGCGUGGUAUCACCAUCGAUAUCGCCUUGUGGAAGUUUGAAACCUCCAAAUACUACGUCACCAUCAUCGACGCCCCUGGCCACAGAGAUUUCAUUAAAAACAUGAUCACUGGUACCUCACAGGCUGAUUGUGCUGUGUUGAUUGUCGCCGCUGGUACUGGUGAAUUCGAAGCCGGUAUCUCCAAGAACGGUCAGACUCGUGAGCAUGCUCUUCUUGCUUUCACCCUUGGUGUGAAACAACUGAUCGUUGGUGUCAACAAGAUGGAUUCUUCUGAACCACCAUACAGUGAGGCUCGUUAUGAGGAAAUCAAGAAGGAAGUAUCCUCAUACAUCAAGAAGAUCGGUUAUAACCCAGCUGCUGUUGCAUUCGUGGCAAUCUCUGGCUAGCAUGGUGAUAACGUGCUGGAAGCAUCAACCAACAUGCCAUGGUUCAAGGGAUGGAAGGUUGAACGUAAGGAAGGUAAUGCUGAAGGCAAGACACUUAUCGAUGCCCUUGAUGCUAUUUUGCCCCCAUCUCGCCCAACCGACAAGGCCCUCCGUCUGCCACUCCAGGAUGUGUACAAAAUUGGUGGUAUUGGAACAGUACCAGUCGGUCGUGUUGAAACUGGAAUACUGAAACCCGGUAUGGUCGUUGUUUUCGCCCCAGCGAACAUCACCACUGAAGUUAAGUCCGUBGAAAUGCACCACGAAGCUUUGCCAGAGGCUGUUCCCGGUGACAACGUUGGUUUCAACGUUAAGAACGUUUCCGUUAAGGAAUUGCGUCGUGGUUAUGUCGCUGGUGAUUCUAAGGCAAACCCCCCUAAGGGUGCUGCUGAUUUUACCGCCCAGGUUAUUGUGUUGAAUCACCCUGGUCCAAUUGCCAAUUGCCAUAUUACCUGCAAGUUUGCUGAAAUCGAAGAAAAGGUUGAUCGCCGUUCUGGUAAGACCACCGAAGAAAACCCCAAAUUCAUCAAAUCUGGUGAUGCUGCCAUCGUUAACUUGGUGCCCUCCAAGCCAUUGUGUGUUGAAUCUUUCCAAGAAUUCCCCCCAUUGGGUCGUUUCGCUGUGCGUGAUAUGAGACAGACUGUUGCUGUCGGUGUCAUCAAGAGUGUGAACUUCAAGGAUGCCUCUGGUGGUAAAGUAACCAAGGCCGCCGAAAAGGCCACCAAGGGCAAGAAGUAGCUGCGUACUAACGACGAUAAAGACCAACAAUUAUUAAUAAACAAAAUCAAUAGCAACAACAACAGCUUAAUAAAUUCCAAGUACGAUAGUAACAAUAGUCAAAAAAUCAGCAACAGUAAGGAAAACGGAGCGGUGUUCCAACUGAAUUUAACAUUAAUGAUUAAUCAAAAGUUCCAUUGCUUCCAUCGGAAAGAGUUUCGUAGGAAACGAAAGUGUGCCUUCGGCGCUGUCAAAAUAUAUACAAUAUGGUAGGCACAAACACAUAAACAUGCACAAUAGCCAUUACACCUACACAAGACGGCAGAAAUACGAAACAUCUUUUUAAGCACAUCAGCAUUUGUAUCUUUAGUUUUAUAAUUACUUUUAAUGUUUAAUUAUUUGUUGGAAUUCAUUCCAUCUCUUCUCUGUAGCGUUUAAAGCACAAUACUAUUGCUUUUCUUAAGAACAUUCAAAAGCAUAAUAUAAAAUGAACCACUAUUUAAAAAAAUAAAACCACAA